GGGGUGUGUGGUGCAUGACGCAUGCAUACGUCCCAGCAGCUGUCCGAAGUGGAUGCUGGCGAAAGAGAGACUGCAGUGCUGGCCCCCAGCUGUCGAUCAGGGGAGGGAAAGGAUUGCCAUGAGCACAGAAUGCUUGGCUGAAAAUCACAUGAGAGGUCUGAACCCACGAUUGUGCAUGCUGCCAUUUAAAAUGAAAAGACUAUCCCACCAGCGUUAUCAUGCCCAGCCCUAGGAACAGCCCAAAGGGUAGCCGUGAGAGACGGGCUCCUGGCAACAGGCUGGAGUUCUUAUCACUGAUGAGUCCAAUGAAUCCGACACCCCCAGAAAGCCCAUCUCGUCGCAAGGACUCUACAGCCAGUACUGGCCCUCCACAGGCUCUACCUGAAGAGGACUGCAUGAAGCUGAACCCAUCUUUUGUGGGUAUUGCCUUCCGCUCUUUGUUGGCCAUUGAUCUUUGGGCCUCCAAACAGCUGGGGGUAUGUGCUGGAGAGAAUUCCUCUUGGGGCAGCGCCCGUCCUCUCAUGAAAGUUAUAGAGGUCUCAGGGCAUGGCAUUCCUUGGCUAGCUGGCACGUUGUAUGGGCUCUGCAGAAGUGGUAGCUCAGCAGGCCGAGAGGUGCUACUCAACCUGCUCUUUGCUCUGGUGCUUGAUCUAAUUUUGGUGGCCACGGUGAAAGGACUGGUAAAAAGAAGGCGCCCAACGCACAACAAGAUGGACAUGUUUGCCACUGUCUCCGUGGACAAAUACUCUUUCCCUUCAGGCCAUGCUACUAGAGCCGCCAUGGUUUGCAGAUUUGUACUACAUCAUCUCAUACUGGCUGUCCCAUUGCGUGUGCUGGUGGUGCUUUGGGCUUUUGUUGUAGGAAUUUCCCGAGUCAUGCUGGGAAGACACAAUGUGACAGAUGUGAUCUUUGGGCUAAUUAUGGGCUACAUUCAAUACAGUAUAGUUGAGUACUUCUGGUUAUCACCUUUCAGUGCUCCUGCUCUCUUUACAGUGUGGAGUUGAUUAUCCUUAAUGGAUCAGCUGCAAGGGCCACUGGACUGCUUGUAGCACAAACAGUAAACAUUUAUUAAGCUCCAUCUUAGCAAGAUAGGUGAGCAGGAUCAAUGAGAGUCAUCCUGAGGGGGUAUGUGGAUGGCUUUGGCCUCAUUUUUUCCAUUGGUGCCAUCUUACUUUCUGAGUGUGUUGCUGCUCUGGAGCAUGAGCCACCCCAAUAAAACUGCAUCAACCA